CCUCUCACCAUCAGAUCUAACCUCUUACAGGCAGUUACAGGUUAUUCUGGGGCUCAGACUUUGGCCUCACAACAGGAACUGAUGACAGAGCCUCCUCCACUCAAUCUGCCCUAAGGACUCAGGACUUUCUGGAACUAUCCGAAGACUUUGGACUAAGACUGGAUUGGUUUCUUGAGCGAGAAGCACAAAGGCUCAGCUCUACUCAGAAUAAAUGGCUUCCAUACCAAAGGAUCUCUGCUGCCCGGCCUGUCAGGGGGUCUUCAGGGAUCCAGUUAUCCUGUCCUGUAACCACAGAUUCUGUAACAACUGUCUGCAGAGGAGCUGGAGAGGGAAACAAACACCUGAAUGUCCAGUUUGUAAGAGAAUAUCACCAAACAAAAAUCCACCAGUUAGUCAGGCGUUAAAGAGUAUGUGUGAGGCCUUCUUGUUAAAGAGAGGUCAGAAAGCAUCAGGGGAACAGAAGAAGAAACUUCAGGAAGCUCUGAAGUCCUUAAAGGACAAGCUGAAGGAUUCUGAGAGAGUUCAAGACAAGUUUGGUCGAACACUGGACCACAUUUGGAUCCAGGCUCGUCACACAGAGAGGCAGAUUAAGGAGCAGUUUAAGAAGCUUCAUGAGUUUCUAGCAGAGGAAGAGGAGGCCAGGCUGCGUGCACUGAGGGAGGAAGAGGAGCAGAAGAGACAGAGGAUGAAGGAGCAGAUGGAGGCUCUGAGAGUACAGAUAGCAGAUCUUUCACAGACAGUCAGAUCCACAGAGGACCAGCUGACGGCCCAAGAUGUCUCCUUCAUGAAAAACUACAAGGCUGCAGUGGAAAGAGUCCAGCAGCGCCCCCUGCUGGAGGAUCCACAUCUCCCCACAGGAGCUCUGAUAGACCAGGCCAAGCACCUGGGCAACCUGGGCUUCAACAUCUGGAUCAAGAUGAAGGACCUGGUCUCCUACACGCCCGUCAUUCUAGACCCAAACACGGCCCAUCCUGAGUUCGUCCUGUCUGAUGAUCUGACCAGCAUGAGCGGAGGAGAGAAGCAGCAGCUCCCUGAUAAUCCAGAGAGGUUUGAUGAGUCUUGGUCUGUCCUGGGCUCUGAGGGGUUUAACUCGGGGAGUCACAGCUGGGACGUUGAGGUCGGAGAGGUUUCAUACUUUAGAGUGGGCGUGUCGGUCCAGAGGAAGAGGAACAUGGAGUCUGGAUUCUGGGGGAUUGAGUUACAUGAAGGAUAUUCAGCGUGCUCGCCAUCAUCUCAAACCCCUCUAAAACUUCAGAGGAGACCCCAGAGGAUCCGAGUGGAUCUGGACUGUGACAGAGGAGAGCUUUCCUUCUCUGAUCCUGAUACUAACACACUCAUACGCACCUUUAGUCACACUUUUACUGACAGGAUGUUCCCCUACAUCAGCUUUUUGGAUGCUUUUGUAUUAUACGUCUUCCCUUUAGAAGACAUCAAAGUACCGCUGAAGAUUUUACCCAUGAGAGUGUGUGUGAACCAACAACACACUGAUGGAGUCUGAGUAUUUCCUCUCCUCUCUGUCAGAUGGUUAUACCUCCCUCUUGUGGUCAAUUGGUAUCAUUACAGUGAAUUGUGCAUGCAGUUUAAUGAAUGUAGUGUGUGCAUAUAAAAUGACAUGCAUCAUAAUAGAAUGAACAUGCAGUUAUUGUGGACUAACCUUCAAGCACAUAUCUGCUCUCUUCUCUUUACAGUUUCAUGUGGAAUGUCAGCUCCACACACAAAAAAAUUAACCAGAGGAAUUGUUCAUAAAAUUAUUAUGUUCUCUUAACUUAACAUAUAUGCAUUUGUUGGGUUUAAAUAUAUUUUUCUGAUAAAAUCAAUGUAAAUGUGUCACUUGUCCCCUGUAAAAUAUAUUUGAGUUAAAUGUGUUAUGUUGUCCUAAAGUAACACAGUCUUUUUGGCUGAAUGUAAUCAAAUAUAUUAACUUUUUCCACCUGUUUUAAAGGCUUUAUUUCAACAUAAAUUAGUUGUUCAGGUCCAUUAUAAAACAGUGGAGUUUGGCCAACAGUAUGCUGGCCCAGUGUGACCGUUUUAAGUUGAGCCAACAUUUUCCUGUCAUGUUGGCCUAAUGUGAAACAGUCGUGCUGGGUUAUAACUGUUUCACGCUGGCUCUAAACUAUUAAUUCUUGUUGAAAGAAAUCGAAUAAAAUAGGUGGAAAAAGUUGACAUAAUUCCAUUAACUAAAGCCAAAAAGUUAUUUUUCUUUGUGCAGGAAUAGCUGUGUUUUGUGUUUUCUAACACUGUCAGAGUUACUGACACUUACAGUCUGUGGGUCUGCAGCAGUGUGUCAUUAUUCACUCUUUAGAGCAGUGGGGAUCUGUGGCUCUUUUGUGUUCAAAUAUUAUUCCCUCCAGAACUUUUAAAAAGGGAAACUUUGACCUCAGAAUUAUCCAUUACAAUUUGUUUCCCACACUUACCCAGUUGGCUUUAAUUGUCAAACUUAAUUGUCAACCUUUAUUCAUAGUCUGCAUAUUUUCAUCACCCUUAUUUGCAUUUCUGCCACUUUUCCCCUUUUUUUUGCCACUGUUAAUGAUUUUGUUCUGCUUUUAGCCCAUUUUUGCCACUUCUCUUUGGAAUUUUUUGCUCCUAUUUGGCCAUUUUUGCCACUUUUUGCAAGCUUUUUAUUAGGGAUGCACCAAUCCACUUUUUUUCAGUUCCGAUCCGUUUCCAAUAGAGAAGUGCCGAUACUGAUUCAGAUAUAUAUAUAUAUAUUUAACAAUUAUUAUUGUUGUUGGUAUAAUAUGUGAGGUUAUAUGAGGCUGUAGUAAACCACCCAGCUCAUCUUAUUCAAAAGCAAAAACAAAAAUAUAUAUAUAUAUACACAAAUGAACUGAAUUUAAAUGUAUGGGCUCUAUGCACGAACUGCUUCUGCAUGUGGCGUUAGACCGCUCCCACACUUCCAGCCGGGAGAAGAGAAUGGCGUAUGAUGGCAAAAUCGUUGCGGUUUACUGGCUGUUUGCAUGAGUUACCUGAGCUGACUGCCAAAGACGAGUUCAAUUUAGCUGAAGACGUACAUUGCAGCACGCAGCAACGAUGUCCAGAAGUGCUUUUAACCUGUUUUUGAAACAUCAUUUUAGCAUGUUUGGAUGCCAAGCGACGAUGGUAGCGUGAGCACAAACAACAAUCGAAACAAAAAAAGACACCGAAACGGACAAAUUAAGGCAGUAUAGGAGGGUUUAGAUUCCAUUUUGGUUUAGCACGUAUCGUUAGGCGGAAGUUGAGAACCGGUCUUAUUUUCCACCCCCUGCCGUGCAUAGAGCCCAUUCACAACAAAUUUAUUUGAACUACUACUAAAAAAUAAAAAUCAGCAACAUCCACAAAACAACAACUGAGUAUGAGUUAUAAAUCUCUGUCUAUACUGUCUUUAAUGAACCUCCCACCACUAGAGGCCGCUGUAGCUUCAGUUAAUGGCCGCAGCUUCCUCUCUGACGCUUCACCUGAUGUAAACAAUGAGAAGCUCGGCGGUGGCUAAGCUGUUAGCGUGUAGCAGGAAGACCGCGGUACGACAGUUUUCCAAAGUAGUAAAUGGAAAUAAAGUGGUACGUGGGCUGUCGAGGGUUAAGCUCACGUUUGACUACUCACCCGAAGUGAAAAGAGGCCAAAUAUCAAAGCAGGAUAUUAAUCUGCAAAGAGGAACGAAGGCGGGCAGCGCUAGCUUUCAAUGCUAGCCACGCUGUAGAGAGUAUAUCAGGCUAACGUCACGCCCUCUCUCCUUUGUGUCCUCUCGUCUUUAGACUAGCUUUGACUACUCUAAAUACAGAUUUAGGUUAAAUCUACUGGGUAAUUAUACCGCUAAGAACAUGCUAACUAACACUAGCUCAGUCACACACAGACUGUCUCUGUUAGGCUGCGGUGCGUUCAUGGUCUACCGCAAACUGUAGGAUGGGUUUGGAUUGGAUCGGUCCCAUCCCCACUUUUUAUUGACAUUUUGCCAUUCGUUGCCUCUUUUUGCCAAUUUUCCCACAUAAAACUCAUUUUUUGUCACUUCUCACUCAUGCUUGCCACUUUUUUCCCUUUUAAUGACUUUUUCUCCCCAUUUUACAGUUUUUGCCAUUUUAGGCCUAUUUGCAGUUUUUGCCCACUUUCGGCUGCCGUUUGCCACUGAAUGCUAUUUUUUGACAGUUUGCCACUCUUUGCUCAUUUUAUGCCCUUUUGAGUCACUUUUCAAUCAUUUUGUGCAACAUUUUUGCCAUUUUUUCACCA